AUGGCCGCAUAUAUCCUGGUAGUCUCGCGAGUCAUUGGGAGCGGCAUCUUCGCGACACCCGGAACCAUCGUCAAGUCUGCCGGCAGUGUCGGCUUAUCACUGUUGAUAUGGGCUGUUGGCACCGUCCUGGCAGCCUGCGCGCUGGCCGUUUCGAUGGAAUAUGGUUGUAUGCUGCCACGAUCAGGGGGAGAGAAGGUAUACCUGGAGUAUACCUAUCCGCGUCCUCGGUUCCUUGCGUCGACCCUGAUCGCAGUGCAAGCAGUUGUUCUGGGUUUCACGGCCAGCAACUGCAUCGUCUUCUCCAAGUAUACGUUCUUCGCUUUCAAUGUGGUGCCCACUGAGCUCCAACACAAAGCACUGGCAGUGGGAUUGAUGACGGCGGUAACAAUCAUUCACGGUUGCUUCCUUCGAACUGGCAUCUGGAUUCAGAACGCAUUCGGCUGGGUAAAAAUAUUCCUCAUCGGUGCCAUUUCCCUGACGGGUAUCUGGGUCAUUUUGCUUCGCCCACAGGGUGGCACCGACGCUCUUGCCCCUGAACCAACCAGCGUUUUCUCGUGGGAUACAUUGUGGGAGGAUUCGAACUGGAGCUGGAACCUGUUGUCGACGUCCUUAUUCAAGGUGUUCUACUCGUACGCGGGAUUGAACAACGUGAACAAUGUCCUGGGAGAGGUAAACAAUCCGAUUCGGACAAUCAAAACGGUAUGCCCGGCAGCGCUCCUCACAGCUGGUGCUCUGUAUUUCCUGGCCAAUAUUUCGUAUUUCCUCGUGGUUCCGCUGGAGGAUAUCAAGAGCAGCGGAGAACUAGUUGCUGGUCUGCUCUUCGAGCGGCUGUUUGGCAGCCACAUUGGACGCACGCUGUUUCCGCUGGCCAUCGCCAUCUCCGCUGCUGGCAAUGUUAUGGUGGUGACUUACGCCCUGGCCCGCGUAAACCAAGAGAUCGCUCGGCAGGGGUUCCUUCCCUGGUCCCGCGUUCUGUCGUCCUCCAAGCCGUUUGGUGCUCCCCUUGGGGGGCUGAUCGUGCAUUAUAUACCCUCCCUGCUAGUUAUCGCGCUUCCACCUCAAGGCGACGUGUAUAAUUUUAUCCUCGACGUUGAGGGCUACCCAGGACAGGUAUUCAGUCUUGCAGUUACAGUGGGUCUUCUGCUGCUGCGAUACCGCGAACCGUCUCUCCCACGGCCCUUUAAAGCAUGGCUACCUGCAGUAUGGCUGCGAGUCGUAGUUUGUGUCGCUUUGCUCUCUGCGCCAUUCUUCCCUCCAGCAGAUGGCAAAAGCGAUGUAAAUUUCUUCUACGCGACAUAUGCGAUCGUGGGAAUGGGAGUGAUCAUCUUUGGCAUACUCUACUGGUAUAUAUGGACAGUGCUACUACCGCGUUGGGGAGGAUAUAAGCUGGAGGAGGAAGAUGAGGUGUUGGAUGACGGGACCAAGAUUACCAAGCUUGCGCGUUCCUACGAGCGACCCACCACAUCCAUCCCAGUGACGAUCCACGACGUGAGCGGCCACGAGCUCGACUACACGCUGGACGGCAACGGCUUCCAGUUCUACUACCACACCAGCGCCGAGAAGGACUUUCUCGACGACGAGAAGAUCAAGCGAGAAUACUACCCUGAGACGGAGCAACUCCUAAAAGACGCGACAAACUGCUCCCGUGUCUUCAUCUUCGACCACACUAUCCGCCGACCCCAACCAGAGGGUACUCCCGCCUCCCAGCUCCGCGGCCCGGUUAACCGCGUCCACAUCGACCAAUCCUACCCUGCUUCCAAGGCCCGCGUGGAAUGGCAUCUGCCCGAGGACGCUCCCCGGCUCCUUCGCGGCCGGUACCAGAUUAUUAAUGUGUGGCGGCCUAUCAAGACUGUGAAACGUGAUCCCUUGGCUGUAGCGGAUGCGCACUCCGUCCCGGAUAGCGAUCUCGUGCCGACAAAAUUGAUCUACCCCAACCGCGAGGGCGAGACGUGUGCGGUGAAGCCCAACCCGGAGUUCAAGUGGUAUUAUCGGUAUAGACAGGGUCCGGAGCUGGUUACGCUGAUCAAGUGUUUUGAUUCGAAGACGGAUGGACGGGCGAGACGCGUGCCGCACAGUGCAUUUGAGCUGCCGGGGGCAGAGAAUGAGGAGGAGAGGGAGAGUAUUGAGGUUAGAGCGUUGGUGUUUCAUGAGGAUGAUUUGGAGUAA